CCGUUUAAACUCAACUAGUAGUACCCUUGUUGUCUUUAAAGUUCCUUCCACUUUCACCACCGGCCGCGGAGCCCUCGCCGCCGCCGCCGCCAACGGCCGAUUCGUUCCAAUGGCCCCGACUUCCCAACCUCAACCUCAACAGGAGGUGGAGGUGGAGGUAGAUGAGGAUGAGGAGCUAGUCAACAUGGUGGUGGAAGCCGGCGUCGGCGCCAUCAAGAUGAAGAUGAAGAUCCCCCGCCGCGUAUUGGGGUCGCUCUACCCGCACCAGCGCGACGGCCUCGCCUGGCUCUGGGCGCUGCACUGCACCGCCACCGGAGGGAUCCUCGCCGAUGACAUGGGACUCGGCAAGACCAUCCAGGUUUCUGCUUUGCUGGCCGGCUUAUUCCAUUCCAAUUUGAUCAAGAGAGCCUUAAUUGUCGCCCCUAAGACUGACUUGACUCACUGGGUAAAUCACCUCUCACUCCUCGGCCUUCAACACCACAUCAGACUCUACUCUGGCCCUAGCCUAAACGAUCGCUGCUAUCAACUUAACUGCACCUUCAAGGAGGGUGGCAUUCUACUAACAUCCUACCACAUCGUCCGGAAUAAUUACAUGUUACUAAGAGGCAAUGGCAACGGUAACAAUGUUGACAACAACGAAGAAGAACCACUGUGGGACUAUGUUAUUCUUGACGAGGGCCACAUUGUCAAGAAUACAAAGACGCAAAGGGCACAGAGCUUGUUUCAAAUACCUUCUGCUCAUCGCAUUGUACUCACUGGAACACCUAUUCAAAAUAAAUUAAAGGAAAUGUGGGCUUUGUUUUAUUUCUGUUGCCCAGAUGUCCUGGGUGAUGAGGAUGCGUUCGAACUUAGGUACGAGAAGCCAAUUCUUUGUGGAAAUGACAAGAAUGCUACUGAUCAAGAGAAGCAAAUGGCUUCAAAUGCAGCAAAAGAAUUAAGAGAGCGGAUUAAACCACACUUUCUCCGUCGUAUGAAAAGUGAAAUAUUUGUAGAUACUGGCGCGAAAGAUGACAAAAGGCCACCUCAGAAGAAUGAAUUGGUUAUCUGGUUAAAAUUGACAUCUUGCCAGAGGCGAUUGUAUGAAGCCUUCCUGAAUAAAGAUCCAGUUCGUUCACAAACUGGAGCAUUGAAGGGUUCAUCCUUGGAAGCUAGCACGAUUUUGAGGAAAAUAUGCGAUCACCCUCUACUUUUGACUAAAAGAGAUACUGAUGAUUUCCUGGAAGAAAUGGGUGCCAUGCUGAAUAACCGAGAUAUGUGCAUGGUGGAAAGGAUUCUUGAAGAUAACCUUUAUGCUGACAAAAGACUACAGAUUGUCCAAGGCGCCUCCUGCAAGAUAGCUUUUAUCCUUCCCUUACUGAGGAACCUUGUUGAAGAGGGCCACUAUGUUUUGAUAUUUUCACAGACACGUGUAAUGCUUAACCUUAUUCAGGAUGCUGUAUCUAUCGAGGGCCAUAAGUUCCUGCGUAUUGAUGGUACCACCAAGAUAUCUGAGAGGAAGAAGAUUCUGAAGGACUUUCAAGAGGGGCUUGACAGUCCAAUAUUGUUGUUGACCUCACAUGUUGGUGGACUUGGCAAUACACUCACCAAGGCAGAUCGGGUUAUAGUAGUUGAUCCUGCUUGGAAUCCAAGCAUAGAUAACCAAAGUGUCGACCGUGCUUAUCGAAUUGGGCAGACUAAAGAUGUGAUUGUAUAUCGUUUGGUAACUUGUGGGACCAUUGAGGAGAAGAUUUACAAGCAACAGAUCUUCAAGGGAGGUCUUUUUAGGACAGCUACAGAAUGCAAAGAACAACCGCAAUUUUAUAACCAGGAUCUUUACCUUCAGAAUGAACAAGAGUACUCUAGUUUGCCGCCACAUGGGUUUGACGCCUCUCUCACCCAACACAAAAUGCAAGUGGAGAAUGGUCAGCAGCUUGUCAUGGAUGAGUCCUUGAAGAAGCACAUCCAGUUCUUGGAACAACAAGGUAUAGCUGGCGUGAACCGUCAUGGCGUCCUGUUCUGUAAAACUGAGACCACUGCAACUUUGGGUGACGACGGUGCAAUAAACAGGAAGGUGAGAGACAUUAUGGUGAGGCGCUGCUAUGCUCCUUGGGAGCACAUUUGUAGAGAUGUCGAGAAAAAGAGCUUGAUCGAUCAAGUGAAGGAGAUGAGCAAGAAGAUGGAUGGUUUGGGAGAUACAAUGGGACGGAUUGUUGCUUUGGAGGAGGAGUAUGCAGCCGAGCUCAUUGGAAUGCUCCAUGAAAACAGGUGGGAGAGAAGCCAUCUGGAGAAGAUAAGGAUGCAGAUCGACGAUCUGCAUGAGGAACACAUGGCAAAGUUUGAUGAAAUGCUGGAAAGGAUCAAGAGGAUGGAGCUGGCUGAUGAGGGUGAGUUGAUAGCCAAGUUUGGUGAAAUGGUGGAGAGGAUGAGGCAGAGAUGCGACAUGGAUAGAUUGAGCCUGCCGCUUCUGUCUUCUACCCUUGUAGCGUAGCGUAACAAAGGUAGUUACGAGUACCUUUGUAUGUAUGAAUCCCUUCCAGUUAUUCAAUCAGAGGAGCUAGUAGUAUGUAGAGCGUAUGGCACUUGAGCUAGUAGUAUGAAUGAAUCCCUUUUAGUUACUACCUUGGAAUCGAUCAAAGGUAGUUACUACCUCAGUAUGUAUGAAUCCCCUUUAGUUAUUCAAUCAGAGGAGGUAGUAGUAUGUAGUAUGUAGAGCACAUGGCACUUGGAGCUAUAUGUUGUCCCCAGUUCUGAAUGAAGAACGUAGAGGAACUAUUUAUACAUGAUGUGGCAUAUGUUAUCCAAA